AGCAACCUGCAAUUGAACGAAUGAACUAACGAACGAGCGCGAGCCCCUACCGGAGCUACCGGGAGGCAGUAGAGUUACAGAGCGAGUCCCCGCCGCCCGCCUCGGAGGAGCCAAACGGAGGAAGGUCCACUGUGAGCCGCCGUGAGAACCAAACGAUGCGAGCGCUGCUCCCCGCCGCCAAGCAACACAUUGCCUAACGUUACUAUCGACGAGUGGAGAAGUAUUGACCAGUUACCGUGAUUUACCGACAGAUACGACAGAAGGAAGACGGACUGGCGGACGGACAGUAGGCUCACCACCGAGACCACGCUUGAGAAACACACAACCGCGGUGGCUACAUCUUGCUACGUUCGCGUUGUGGAUUCAAACCGAGCGGAGUCUUGAUUUUAAUGCGUUAGCGGUGUCGUAGCCCCGGCUUGAAUCGAGAGCGACAGAGAGGGAGCUGCCCAGAGAGCGAGAGAAAGAAGGGAGCAUAGAGGAGUCGAAGGCAUAACACAGAAAAAGGAGGAAAUAACACCAAGACAAGAAAAAGAAGGAUUCGCAACCAGCUUUGUUGCCACGCACAAGUUUCAUUAAAACCACAUUUAAUUGCCUGUAUCACCGUGGAUACCGGUAUCGGUAACGCUAUCAAGCUGUGCUCUCUAACCAUGGGAUGUACUCUGAGCGCGGAGGAGAGGGCGGCUCUGGAUCGGAGCAAAGCCAUCGAGAAAAACCUCAAGGAGGACGGUGUCACCGCGGCCAAAGAUGUCAAACUGCUGCUGCUCGGGGCUGGAGAAUCAGGGAAAAGCACCAUCGUCAAACAGAUGAAGAUCAUCCAUGAGGACGGUUUCUCUGGCGACGACGUAAAGCAGUACAAGCCUGUGGUUUACAGCAACACCAUCCAAUCUUUGGCUGCCAUCGUCCGUGCCAUGGAUACACUCGGCCUGGAGUACGGAGACAAAGAACGGAAGGCGGAUGCUAAGAUGGUGUGUGAUGUGGUCAGUCGCAUGGAGGACACAGAGCCUUACUCCGCCGAGCUGCUCUCCGCCAUGAUGCGUUUGUGGUCCGACUCAGGGAUCCAGGAGUGUUUCAGCCGCGCCCGCGAGUACCAGCUCAACGAUUCAGCGCAGUACUACCUAGACAGCCUAGAUCGGAUUGGUGCGGCCGACUAUCAGCCCACAGAGCAAGACAUCCUGAGGACUCGAGUGAAGACCACGGGCAUCGUCGAGACACACUUUACCUUCAAAAACCUCCACUUCAGGCUGUUUGAUGUAGGAGGUCAGAGGUCGGAGAGGAAGAAGUGGAUCCACUGUUUUGAGGAUGUCACAGCUAUCAUUUUCUGUGUGGCACUCAGCGGAUACGACCAAGUGCUGCACGAGGACGAAACCACGAACCGCAUGCACGAGUCUCUGAAGCUGUUUGAUUCCAUCUGUAACAACAAGUGGUUUAACGACACCUCCAUCAUCCUCUUCCUGAACAAGAAGGACCUCUUUGAAAGCAGGAUCAUCAAGUCACCACUGUCCAUCUGCUUCCCUGAGUACACUGGUCCAGACACUUACCUGGAGGGAAUAGACUACAUUAAGAGUCAGUACGAGAGCAAGAACAAGUCACCCAGCAAAGAUGUCUACGCCCAUGUGACCUGCGCUACUGACACCAACAACAUCCAGUUUGUCUUUGAUGCUGUCACUGAUGUCAUCAUAGCAAAUAACCUGCGGGGGUGUGGCCUGUACUGAUGAUUCUCUUAAAUGUUAGCCAAUGUUUGACCCAUGUUUACCUAUAUGGUACCAGUUUUUACCACAUAGGACAUGUGGCCCAUAUCAGUAGCAUCAAAUGAUAGCCAGGCAAAUAUGGAGUAUGGGCUGCGUUUGUGAUGUCAUCAUACUGCUUUACCGUUAGGCUGUCUGUUGGUUCAACUUGACUCUCAACUAAUUCAUUGAUUGUUUGAAUGGCUGGUUGGUUGGUUCGUUGAAAGUUGUUUUAAUGUGUUUGCCUUUUUUACUUCUUCCUAACAAACAACCAAUGGAAAAUUCCAGUGACUUUGUGCAGUGCUGGGCGGUAUUCCCCCCCUCCUUAAGAUCAAUUUGCAGAUGACAAAGAAAUUGUUCAAAACAUGUUUUAAAAACAACUAUUUAUGAAAAUAAUUAAUGUCAGACCUUGUUGCUGCCAUGUUGUUGUGUAUUUUGUGGCAAAUGAGUGGGAGGAGGGCUAAGCCCAUUCGGCGUAGUUCCGAGCCCAGAGGGGAGCAUCAAAAGAGGAUGAGGAAAAAACAAUUUCCAUUUAAACAAGUCAACGUUAACUCCCAUUUGAGUUAAUGGCUAAAAAACGAUUUAUCAUCCAGCCUUGCUUUGAGCAUUUAAUUGUACCAAAACUCCAAAUUGCUUUUACUGGUGUGCUGCAGAAAUCUUA